AUGAAUAUGGGUGAUGUCGUUCGCUUAAAAGGUUGCACCUUAAAAGGUCGCAGCUUAGAGACAUCAUGUGGCUGUUCGGCUCUGGACACGUUGUUGGGUGGUGGUCUGGCUGUGUCGACUUUUUGCGUUGUUGACGAACUCGAGUCCAGGGCGUAUUCGAAUUCGUUGGCUCGUUAUUUCAUUGCCGAAGGUCUCUACAGCGGACAUGAUGUUCUUGUUGUCGAUCCUAUCGGAGAAGACCAUCUUUGGGAUGGAAUCCCAACCAAAAUCGAAAGUGGAACUACACAGAGCAGUUCCUUGCCACCACCGCCACCACCUGCUCAGAAAUCCCCAAAUACUCCAGAUGAUCUACGGAUAGCGUUCAGAUACGCGGCUAAACCGCAAGUGAACUCGUCGAUUGGUGACAAGAACCGCUACGACCUCGGGAAGCCUCUCGCUCGAAACGAGUUCUCCUCACAAAGGCUGCCGUACGAUGGUGGAUACAGCUAUGAAUCACUUUACUACUGUAUUGCAAAUUUGUGCCGAAGCGAUCGUCACAGUAAAACACGUGGUUCUACAAAGAAUCUGCUCAGGAUAGUUGUUGGUCAUCUGGGGUCACCGAUUUGGAGCGAUUCCUCGAAUCUCUCGACAUUUCUGGCGAGACUCCGCCCACUUCUCAGGAACGCUCAUGUUGUGCUGUUCGCCACUGCGGCUAGCGAAACCAUGUACAAACAGUUUGCGGACGAGUUAUUCGCCACCGCUGACCUCUAUCUCCAAUUAGUUGCGAUCUCUGAAGAUGAACAGAAGAAACUGUCCAGUCUCGAGAAGUACCAUGGAUAUUUGAGGAUUCUGAAAUUGCCGAGGUUAACAUCGGUUGGGACGCACAAUCCACCCGUUGAUCUGGUAUUCACUCAGAAGAGGAACACUUUCGACGUGUCGAUUUUGCAUUUACCGCCGGCGUUUAGCGAUGGUGCUGAGAAUUCGAAAACUCCGUGCGGUAUCGAUUUUUAG